AUGGCAUUAAUAAUAGAUGAACAAGAAGAACAAUUGCACGAUUAUUCAUUAAUACAAAUUGAUGAACCUGAGCAAAUUGAUGUUCCUAUUGAAACAAUACCACCACCGCCAAAACAUCCAGUAAACGAACCAACACCAAAUACAAAAACGAAAUCAAAUGAUUCAUCGGGCAUAAAACAUACAGUAUUGAAAGAUGUAACUAACGGUGAAGCAUCAACUGCACCAGUUAAAAGCAGAAAACGAAAAGUUGCAUCAUUACCAGAAGCAAAAAAAGUAUCAUCACGUCUAGCAGCUAAAAGAAGUCGAAAGGGCGUUUCUUCUUUUUAA